UAUCAACAACAACAGAGAAGCUGCGCUAACAACGCGGAUGUUUUUGCCCUGCAAUCUUUGAGGUCUGUUCCAUCAUACCACACAGUGAUGUUCAGUGAAGCCAUGAAUGAAGUUGAGGAGAAACAUCAGUGUCAGAAACCUCAGAAUCUUGUAAAGCUGGAAAUGUCUUCUAGUAGUUUGCAGAAGAACAAGAUUUUCUCUCCAAAAUGGAAGCAAAGAACUGAAGCAGGCGAGCCUUUCACUUGUUCUCACUGUGGAAAGAGUUUCAAACAUAAAUGUCAUCUUCAAAGACACAUUAGAAUUCACACUGAAGAGCGACAGUACACGUGUCCUCAAUGUGGAAAGAGUUUCAAACUCAAAUCAACGCUUGAGAAGCACAUUAGAAUUCACACUGGAGAGCGUCCAUACACAUGUACUCAGUGUGGAAAGAGUUUUAGACAGAAAUCAAAUCUUGAGGUGCACGUGAAAAUUCACAUUGAAGAGCGCCCAUACACAUGUACUCAGUGUGGAAAGAGUUUCAAACACAAAUGUCAUCUUCAGGUCCACAUGAGAAUUCACACUGAAGAGCGACCAUACGCUUGUCCUCAGUGUGGAAAGAGUUUCAAACGCAAAUCAACACUUGAUGAUCACGUGAGAAUUCACACUGGAGAGCGCCCAUACACAUGUACUCAGUGUGAAAAGAGUUUCAGAGAGAAAUCAACGCUUGAGAAGCACAUUAGAAUUCACACUGGAGAGCGACCAUACGCGUGUCCUCAGUGUGGAAAGAGUUUCAGACAGAAAUCAAAUCUUGAGGUGCACGUGAAAAUUCACAUAGAAGAGCGCCCAUACACAUGUCCUCAGUGUGGAAAGAGUUUCAAACACAAAUGUCAUCUUCAGGUACACAUGAGAAUUCACACUGGAGAGCGUCCAUACACAUGUACUCAGUGUGGAAAGUGUUUCAAACGCAAAUCAACACUUGAUGAUCACGUGAGAGGUCACACUGGAGCGCGCAGAUACACAUGUACUCAGUGUGGAAGGAAGAGUUUCAGACUGAAAUCAGAUUUUGAGGUCCACAUGAGAAUUCACACUGGAGAGCGUCCAUGAACAUGUCUUCAGUGUGGAAAGAGUUUUCAGCAUAAAUUCAAAGCCUGUCAGAAACCUCAGAAUCUUGUAAAGCUAGAAAUGUCUUCUAGUAGUUUGCAGAAGAACAAGAUUUUCUCUCCAAACAGGAAACAAAGAACUGAAGCAGGCGAGCCUACCUGCGCUCAGUGUGGAAAAUGUUUCAAAUACAAAUGUCUUCUUCAGAGACACAUGAGAACUCACAGUGAAGAGCGUCCAUACACUUGUCCUCAGUGUGGAAAGAGUUUCAAACGCAAAUCAACGCUUGAGAAGCACAUUAGAAUUCACACUGGAGUGCGUCCGUAUACUUGUCCUCAGUGUGGAAAGAGUUUCAAACGCAAAUCAACGCUUCAUGAGCACAUGAGAAUUCACAGUGAAGAGCGACCAUACAUGUGUCCUCAGUGUGGAAAGAGUUUCAACCGCAAAUCAACGCUUAAGGACCAUGCGAGAAUUCACACUGGAGAGCGCCCAUACUCUUGUCCUCAGUGUGAAAAGAGUUUCACACAGAAAUCAACACUUGAUGAGCACAUGAAAAUUCACACUGGAGAGCGUCCAUACGCAUGUCCUCAGUGUGGAAAGAGUUUCAACCGCAAAUCAACGCUUGAUGACCACGUGAGAAAUCACACUGGAGAGCUACCAUACGCUUGUCCUCAGUGUGAAAAGAGUUUCUACCGCAAAUCAACGCUUGAGCACCACGUGAGAAUUCACACUGGAGAGCACCCAUAGGUAUGUCCUCAGUGUGGAAAGAGUUUUAUACAGAAAUCAGCGCUUGAGAGGCACAUUAGAAGUCACACUGGAGAGCGUCCAUACACAACAUGUCCUCAAUUUGGAAGGAAGAGUUUCAGACUGAAAUCAGAUUUUGAGGUCCACAUGAGAAUUCACACUGGAGAGCGUCCAUGGUCUGUUCCACCAUACCUGAUGUUCAGUGAAGCCAUGAAUGAAGUUGAGGAGCAACAUCAGUGUCAGAAACCUCAGAAUCUUUUAACGUUGGAAAUGUCUUCUAGUAGUUUGCAGAAGAACAAGAUUUUCUCUCCAAAAAGGAAGCAAAGAACUAAAGCAGGCGAGCCUUUCACCUGUUCUGAGUGUGGAAAGAGUUUCAAACAGAAAUCAACGCUUGAGGAGCACAUUAGAACUCACACUGGAGAGCGCCCAUACACAUGUCCUCAGUGUGGAAAGAGUUUUAAGCGCAAAUCAACGCUUGAGGAGCACAUGAAAAUUCACAGUGAAGAGCGUCCAUACACGUGUCCUCAGUGUGGAAAGAGUUUUAAACAGAAAUCAAAUCUUGAGGUGCACAUUAGAAUUCACACUGGAGAACGUCCAUACGCAUGUCCUCAGUGUGGAAAGAGUUUCAAACACAAAUCAACGCUUGAGGAGCACAUGAGAAUUCACAAUGAAGAGCGUCCAUACACAUGUCCUCAGUGUGAAAAGAGUUUCAAACACAAUUCAACGCUUAAGGAUCACAUGAGAAUUCACACUGGAGAGCGUCCAUACACAUGUCCUCAGUGUGAAAAGAGUUUCAAACACAAUUCAACGCUUAAGGAGCACAUGAGAAUUCACACUGGAGAGCGUCCAUACACUUGUCCUCAGUGUGUAAAGAGUUUCAACCGCAAAUCAAAUCUUGAGGAGCACAUUAGAAUUCACAGUGAAGAGCGUCCAUACACGUGUCCUCAGUGUGAAAAGAGUUUUAAACAGAGAUCAAAUCUUGAGGUGCACAUUAGAAUUCACACUGAAGAGCGUCCAUACACAUGUCCUCAGUGUGGAAAGAGUUUCAGACAGAAAUCAGCGCUUGAGAAGCACAUGAGAAUUCAUACUGAAGAGCGACCAUACGCGUGUCCUCAGUGUGGAAAGAGUUUCAAACACAAAUCAAAUCUCGAGGACCACGUGAGAGGUCACACUGGAGCACGCCGAUACACAUGUACUCAGUGUGGAAGGAAGAGUUUUGAACAGAAAUCAGAUUUUGAGGUCCACAUGAGAAUUCACACUGGAGAGCGUCCAUGAACAUGUCUUCAGUGUUGAUAGAGUUUUCAGCAUAAAUUGUAGAUUUGCUGUUAAUUUACUCAUCAAGAAGUUUUUUGCUGUGGUAUCAAGACCAGUAAAAAUGUGUACAAUUCCAAAGACAGAAAUGAGGUUAUUGCUUUAAAUUAAAAACACAAUAAUGUCUCUAAAAAGCUUUGCCCAGACAUUGUAUUUAUAUUUGUUUGAUAAUAUAUGUUGACAAGAGUGUAACUUUGGUUUGAGAAGUGGGGUGGGGGGGGACACAGGAUGAGGGAACAUGUUUUUGAUUUUUGAAUCCUAUCACAAAUUCAAAAUACCUAUGUUUUGCUUCGUUUUGAUUGUUUAAAUUGAUUAAACCAUGAAACCAAAAGGUGUUUUAUUGUGGUAUAAAACACAAAAAAGGAGACAUUUUUACUGUAGCAUUUUAAAGUUAUAGACCCAUGAAGUUGUGUGAAUAAUGCAAUGGGUCGUUGCACUAAUGGGCCACUUUGAAGUGCUACAUCUCAAAUACCUUUAAGGGUAUGUUAGAAGUUAAACAGAUGUUAUAUUAAACUUAAUUCUUGUCCACAUUUUGGAUUUUUAUGUGUGUUCAUUUU